GUGUAGAUGAACACUUUCGCUCAUUGUUUGCAUUGUCUUUUACCAUCUUGCUUGCAACUUACUCAGCUCAGAGAAUUUUCCAGGCAGAGUUUACCUCAAGCAUAUCACUGUCUUUGAAAAAUAUAAUAUCCAGGAGAAGAAAAGCUUGAGGAAAUGUUUAUUUUAUUUUUUUUAGAGUGAAUCAGAAGAAACCCCAAUCUUUGAAAAGACUUCUUCUUUUGAGAACUCUACCCUGGGGGAAAAAAAAAUGCAAGAGGCUGCUGAGACUGCUGGUCUACCCAAUCACUGAACCAUAAGGGAUUUAACAUACCAUGGGGCAAGAAGAACCGAAAGACAAACAAGGAGGCCAGCGUUCCCAGCUGAUCCCUUGGGCCAUUGCUAUUUUUUUCAUGUCACUUCUAAGUGCCUGUUUUAUUGCAAGUUGUGCGGUGACUUAUCACAACUUUCUACGCUGUAAGAGAGGAAUCAGAGGUUUGUGGUCACGGGAGCACCACCCAAGGCUGACAUGCGUCAGAGAGAAAUCAGAACUGAAAGGGGGCACAUGGAAUUGCUGUCCUGAGGGCUGGAGAGCCUUCCAGUCCAAUUGCUAUUUCGCUUUUCAUGACAGCAAGACAUGGGCUCAGAGUGAAAGGAAUUGCACAGAGCUGGGGGCACAUCUGGCCACCAUCAGCACAGAAGCUGAGCAGAACUUCACUACUCAAUUUUUGGAAAAACAAUUUUCAUAUUUCCUGGGACUUACUAGUGAGAACCAUGAAGGCCAGUGGCAUUGGGUGGACAAGACACCAUUUAAUCCACAGAUGGUAUUCUGGCAUGAAGGUGAACCCAACACCCAUCAGCGAAAAAACUGUGUCGUUCUUGUUAAUGAGCAAGACAAAUGGGGCUGGAAGGAUUUUUCUUGUAAACUUGAGACAAGCAGGAUCUGUAAGAUACCUGGAAUAGCCUUCAGCUAGGAACCUGUGAAGGGGUCCUUGUGAAGAGGACAGACAAGAACCAAUGGGCACAAUGUACAUGCAUCAUUGGGACACAGAACAUUCUGGGUCAUAGAACAUUGUCAGGCAUGAUGGCCUUAUUUAUUUUUGUUUGGUUCAUUCAAGGUAAUGUGUUUUUGUGUGGCGUUUUGGUGGCAAGAAUCAUUCUUUUCUAUGAGACUCAAUUUUCAUUAACUUUGCUUUUUUGAUGGCAGUUCAAGGUAUUUGCUUUUCAUUUGGUGUUCAUUGGUGAUGGAUCUAAGAGUGGCGUGAAGGGUACAACCUCUAAGUCAUUGCUUCUUCUGCUUUGAAUCUUAAAAGUUCCAAGGUGGGAUAUUCUGACUUGUAGUGGUGUACCCGUUUUUAAAUCCAAAUAUCACAAACCCUUUAAAGUUUUUUUUUUUUUUUUUUUUUUUGUCUUUUGUCUCUUUUUGUCUGUU